AUGAGUGUGCUUGGUGCAGAGCAGGGGCUUGAACGGAUCGACGCAGACGUCCUCUCGCUCGUGCUGGCCGGACUCCCGCCUCACGACCUGCUGAGGAGCGUUCCAACGUGCUCGUGGUGGGCGGCAGCGGCGACGGCCGACGCACAGUGGACGCCGCGUUGCGAGGCGCUCUGGCGCGACAAGCUGCACACCGAACGGUGGCGUGAUGGAGCCGUGCGGCGAAUCGAGGCGUACUUCUCCUCGCUUGCGGACGCGUUGCGAGUGGAGAUCACCGUGGCUGAGCUCGAGAGGUUCACGUGGUCGGCCAGGGUCAAGCAGUCCUCGGGGCUGGCGUGGCAAUGCCCCUGGUGGCAAGGCCACGAGCCAGGCACGCGGAGAUACACUGCGGCGGCCGGGCAGGGACAAGGCGUCUACGCCUCGUCAGAGCGCGGCCAGGGAGAGUGGAGCCUGGCGGUCGCCGAUUGCGACGUGGACAGCGACGUCAAGGCGGAGUACCACGGCCAUUCUGUGCUGCGCACGCGGCGCGGCGGUCGCUCGUACCCGCCACACGUCGCCACUCGCACCGCCAGCUGGGGCUGGCUGCUCCAGUCCCGCACCGGCCUCUCCGCCAGCUUCCCUCUCCCUGCACGCGGGGAGGACCUGUCGCUCGAGGACGGCGGCGCGCUGGAGCUCGACCCAUCGAGCAGAAGCGGGGGAGAGACCGGCAACUACCCGCCAGAGCUCGCCGCCAUGCUAGCCGCCAUGCUCAGCCUCACAGCUGAAGCCCACCAGCCGGGAGCCGACGGCACUCGGAUCGCCGCCACCGCCGCCGCCAAGGCGCUCGCCGCCACCUCCCAGAGCCUCGGCACUGAAAGCUCUCUGGCGGCCGUCGAGUCCGCUCAGCGAGGCGGAGGCGGCGUCCUUUGCGCCCGCGCUGCGUCCGCUGCUUCGCCGCCCGGCGCGGCGCCUUCGCCGCAGGACGGCCACGGUGCGUUCGACGUGUACACUGGCGGCUGCCUCUGCCGGACCGGCUGGAGAGGUCCGACCUGCGCCGAGGCGGACCCGCAGACGUGCAACGACCCACGGACCGCUGGCGUCAAGCCGGGAAGGUGCACGCACCCGUCCGGGUGCGGUCCCGGGUGCGCAUGCUCUCGCGGGACCGAGUACUCGCACAUGCUCUCGCGCUGCGCCGCCAGCUGCGACCUGGAGUCCAACCGCUGCCUCUGCGGGUCGCGCGCGCGCUACCCGCGCCGUCAGAUGAACUUGUGCGAGUGGCGGGGCAUCGAGAAGGCGCUGGCGUCGAGCUGGCUCGCGACGCACGCCACGCCGCGCCACCGUGACGCGCUGGAGUGGAAGGACCCGGGGUGGGCGCACUACCGCAUCACCGAGCCGUGGAGGCUGUGGGGCAGCCCCAACUCGACGCCACCAGACCUGGCGGCCGCCCUCGGCCCCGCUGAGCUGCACCGGAUGUGGGCGACCGCGCCGCCCCAUUCCGCGACCCGCGCGUACUGCGACAUCGACGAGGCGGCGCUCGCUCGCGGCGUGGCGCCCCUCUUCAGCUGCGGCUGCUACGAGGACGCCACCGGCGCCGCCUGCGAGCUGCCCGUCCGCUCCGUCUGUCUGAACCAGUGCAACGCGCCGCAAGGCGUGUGCGUGCGCGGCUGGUGCCGCUGCGCCGCUGGCUUCGGUGGCGCCGACUGCUCGAUCGCCCUGCCCGCUCUCGCCGCGCCGCGGGAGGUCGACGGCGGCAGCAGCGCCGCUGGAGGCGCGGGCGAGGGCCGGGGGCGGCUGCGCCCCUCCGUGUUUGUGUACGAUCUUCCGUCUGAGUUCAACAGCUGGACUGCGGAGACGCGGAUGACGGCGUCCGACUGCGUGUACCGGAGGUACAAGGAGGGGAACGAGACGGCGCUGCUCGUUUCGCCGCACCGCACCCUCAACCCGCGCGACGCCGACUUCUUCUUCGUGCCGCCGCGCGGCGGCGCGCCCAUCCUCGGCAACGCGCACUACCGCGCCGCGCUGGACUGGGCGAUCCUCAUCUCCUCGUGGGGACGCACGGAGCUGGGCCCGCGCAACUCGACCACCACCAUGGGCGAGCACAACUGGUACAACCGGCGCACCUUGCCGCUGAUGCGCGCGCCGCUCACCGUCGCACCGGCGCAGUGCGCGCGGGAAGCUGGCGAGCGGCGGCGCGGCAAGGAGAUCGCCAACCCGAAGGACCUGGUCGGCGUGCCGUGGCACACCACAAAUUACCUCGACGAGAUGGCGAACGCCACGUUUUGCGGCGUGUUCCCCGGCAACGGGUGGGGCCACAUCGAGUCGCCGCUGCUGCUCGGCUGCAUCCCGGUGGUGGUGCAGGACGGCAUCCUCACUGCGUGGGAGGACGUGCUCGAUUUCGACUCGUUCGCGCUGCGGCUGCCGCGCGCCAAGCUGCCGCGACUCGCCGAGGAGCUGCGCGCAGUGCCGCCCGAGCGCGUCGCCGCGCUGCAGGCGGGCGGGCGGCGCGUCUGGGAGCGCUUCACUUUCUCCUCGCUCGGGCUCGCCGAGAAGCGGCGCAUGUGCGGCGGCACGCACUUCACCGCCGCCGCCGACGGCUGCGUGCCGCGGCUUGGCGCGCCCGGCGGCAAGCAUUCGCAGGCUUUCCUGGCCAGUUCGGCGAUCACGGGUCAGGACGCGAUCGCCACGCUGCUGCAGCUGCUGCGGGCGCGGCUGCUAGAGCGCACCAGCCCCGAGAGAGGGUAG